UACACAUUAAGAUGAAACCUCAGAAACCCUAGAGAUUAUAAGAGCAAACCCUAAUUCGAUCACUACCUUAGCCUCCUCCUCCUUCCUCAUUUUAAAAAACCUCUAAUUCGCCGUUCGAUCCUCCGUCUCCGUCGAAGUCAACAUGGCGCCAAAGAAGGACAAGGUUCCGCCACCAUCAUCAAAGCCGGCGAAAUCCGGAGGUGGAAAGCAGAAGAAGAAGAAGUGGAGCAAGGGAAAGCAAAAGGAGAAGGUGAACAACAUGGUGUUGUUUGAUCAGGCUACUUACGACAAGCUUCUCACUGAAGCUCCCAAGUUCAAGCUCAUCACUCCUUCCAUUCUCUCCGACCGUAUGAGGAUUAACGGGUCUCUAGCAAGGAGAGCGAUUAGGGAGCUAAUGGCGAAGGGUGUGAUCAGGAUGGUCGCUGCUCAUUCGAGCCAGCAGAUCUACACUCGCGCCACCAACACCUAAGAAAUGUUUUUGGUUUUUGAUCCGGCUUUGCCGUGGACUUGUUUUUAUUAUCUCCUUUGUUUGGUUCUUCAGUAACUCGUUUAGAAUCUUGUUUUGAGAUAUUUUGAGCACUGCAUUGCGACUCUAUUAAAUUAAAUCCGACCAUUGGCGUUUUUA